AUGUUGAAGCGGGAGCGAACGGUGGCUUCGGUGGUGCAGCUAAAUGUCGACGUGCCCAUCCCGACUCAUCAAAGAACUGUAAGGGAGGAGGAGGAGGAGGAGGAGGAGGAGGGAGUGAAUCUCGGUGCGUACAACCUCUACGCGAAACGGGCCAGUUUCAAAGAUGAUGGCGUGCUACAGCAGUUUGUCACAGAAAUGGCCGGUCAACCGAUUAUUUCGCCCCCUGUUCUGGAACAGGUGGAACAUGUCACUCAAAUCACUGACUACUGCAGUAUUUAUUUGGUCGUUUCCUCCUCCAAAGCCUUGUCGGUGAGGCCUGUUCGUCAACCGCAGCAUCACGAGAAGGCAGAAGUAACAAGAUCUUUAGAGUGGGGAAUUAUUUAUGAGGAGAACUUUUCUUGCGUAUCACCUGGCUCUCUCUUUCUCUCUCUCUCUCUCUCUAUCGGUCACCCCAACUCGGAGAGAGGCGAUUUCUGUGAUGUUUUAUUCAUUUUAGCUAUACACGCAGUGCACAAGUCACUUUUUAUUCUCUCUCCCAUUCAUGAAAGCCGUUUUUAA